AUGGCGACAGACGCCUACAAGAAUAUUAUCCUCAUCGGAGGUGGUGGCUCCCUCGGAAGUGUUCUUCUGAAAUCGCUUCUGUCAGAACCGACGUUCAACGUCACAGUUCUCGCAAGAGAAUCAUCCAAGGCACGCGGCAGUAUUCCUCCCACCGCGUCCAUAAUCACCAUUGCCGACUCCUACCCACUUGAGGACCUCGUCAAAGCCUUCAAGGGCCAAGAUGCAGUCGUGAAUGCAAUCACCAGUUUCUCCGUGGCCGAGCAGCACAAAUUCAUCGACGCCGCGAUCGCCGCCGGGGUCAAGCGUUAUGUGCCGUCUGAGUAUGGACUCGACAACAAUACCCCCGAGGCGCAGGAACUGUCCCCUGUAUUCAAAGAUAAGGGAAUGGUGCAGCAGUAUUUGCGCAGUAAGGAGUCGAGUGGACUAUCCUGGACGGCUAUCGCGUGUGGCAUGUGGAUCGGAUGGUCCCUGCGCAAUAACUUUCUUGGAUUAAACUAUCCCAGCCGGAGCAUUACCUUCACAGACGACGGCGAGGGCUACUUCUCCACAACCACGCUGGAUAACACGGCUCUGGCGCUGAGUCGUGUCCUACUCAAUCCUAGCACGACGGCUAACCAAAUUGUCUUCACGAGUGACUUUGCCACCACGCAAAAGGAGCUCGUUGAGACGAUUGAGCGACUCACCGGCGAGAAGUGGGAGCGCAAGUCGAUCAGCACGAAAGAGGCUAUUCCUGCGUUGAAGAAGGCGUGGGAAAAUGGUGAGACGUCUGCAGGAUAUGGCCUGAUUAAUAUCGGUUUUACCAAGGGGACCUACAGUGGCCACUUUGAGCCGACCAGGCAUAUCAGGAACAAGGAGCUAGGGCUGCCGGAGAAGAAUCUUGAGCAGGUGGUGAAGGAGGCAUUGGCUGAGGUGGGACAUUCUGAUUCCUCAUAG